UUAAUCUGAAAGCGUCGGGUGAUCGCGCGAUUUCCUCCGCGGCUACGGAAGCCAAUUUUGCCGCCUUAGUCCCCAAACAAAUUGUUUCUAUAAAUAGGUAAGCUGGAGCAUACAUUAUACCCUUGGCAGUCCUUUGCAAAGCUAGUACAAGAUGCGCCCUUUCCUGUUGUCCCGUUUCCGGUAUUCAAAGCAGCCGUCAAAACGACAUUUAAUUUUGCGUAAGAAGUCGGGAGAGAGAAAUUCAGCAAAAUACAUGAGGAGGAGGCUUGGAAGGUUGAAGGUGGAGAUGGAAGACAUCAGCAAAGAGCAGCAAAGCAUCAAGGACGAGCAGAGUCAAGUUCGAGCAAAAUUCAAUGCGGUCGAAGAAGAAUACGAACAGCUUCGUAGCGAAACUAAUCAAAUUAUUCAACAAACGGCCAACACUCAAAUCCGACUCGGUCUGAUGUUUGGUAUCCUCGAGGCAAGAGAUCAAGGCGAUCUUGGCAAGGCUGCUCAAUUAACUGGACUACUCCGUGAAAUUGUUGGCUGAGAUAAUCACUGCAAAGGUGGAGCACCACUGCGGCAGUACUUCAAAACUUAAACAUCAAAUUCCAGGCUCUCUUUCAAGGCAGAGUGAAUCCAGUGGUGGAUCCAUGUGACUCCCUAGAGGAACACUUGCACACCUAUUAUUUUGAGGAAAAAAUUAAAUUUAGUUUAAUUUGUUAGUAGAAAUAGAAAAAGGUUAAGGAAAUUUACAUACCCAAUUUUUUUUAAAAAUAGAAUAUUAUAAUUUUAGACCUCCUGGGUGAAUCCAUUUCAUCCAAAAGGCAAUUCAGUCCGUACUGAUCUGAAGGGCAAACAUGUCGUCUACAGCAAUGUUUGUUAUUUUGAUCAGAUCUUAAAUCUAUUCAUUCAUGUACUAAACGUGUG